AGCCAAUGGUUUCAUUGGUGAAGAGCCAAUGUGCUCUUGCAGAGUCCAGCAGCAUGGCUGGCCGAGGUUCUCCAAUGGUCAGGGAGCAAGAUGCUGCAGGAGAUUUGCAGGGCUACAACCACCGAGUGGCCCGAACGAUCGCUCGCCGAAGCACGGCCAACUACUUGAUCAGUAUUCAUCAAGAUUCAGAAUUUGCUGGGCGUGCGCGCGCCCUGCGGCCCCAGUGGCCACUCUUGGCCAAUCUCCGAGCCGGGGCUUGGUAUGUGAAUCCAAAAGACCUCGACGGCACCUGCUACUUCAAAUCGGUGGAUGGACAUAGGAAUGCCUGGGACUUUAGCCUCAUCCGACUGAACUUGCAGGUGGCCCAGCUAGCGGCAGGCUGCGGUGGCCUGUGCUUGGUUGAUUGCACCGGGAACCGGAGGAAGCGCUUCCCCGAUUCCAUGAGUAAGACUGUGCCAAUCUGGUGUGCCGUCUUGCAGGCGGCCAUGCAAGAGGCGACUUCCUUCGAUGCCUUCGAUGAGCUUUUGCACCUCCCCAGCAUGGUGCAGGACGAGCGGCCAGAGAUUCUUCAACGAUUACCCGGAUUCACGGAGAGGCUGCGGCAAGCCUUGCCUUGGAGCGAACGGAACAACUUGGCAGCCGCCCUGAACGGAAAGAAGCUGCGCUCCUUUUGGGUUUGCCCGUCAGACGAUCUCCAGAAGAUCUGCGAGGAACUCUUGGCGUGGCAGACGGAGUGGGUCAUCAUCCUGUGCAUUUCAGCCUCUAAGGUGGAGAUGGGAAGCACCACCUACGUACAAGGAGCUGGGGAUGAUGAAGAGGCCUGGGCUCAGCACUUGGGUUUGACCCCAUUGCUCUUUUGGAAGCAUGCGCAAGAACUGUGGUCCAUGGCUGAAGCAAAGCCAGAGGAGGUGGAUGAAUUGGUCCGUUCCUUGGCCAAAGAAGCUGCAGUAGAGCCACAGGAGCGAAGAGAGGUGAAGAUAGAAGAUGGAGGCGGUGUGUCCAUUUUGGGCGACACCCGCCUGGUGGUGGGUGACUUUGCAGCCGCCACGCCGCCGGCGGUGUGGGACGGAGUCGAUGCCGUCCUGAACUGCGGAGGAGAAGAGCACUCCGAGAUGAGAGGCCACCCACGAUAUCUCUUUCUACCUGCUGCGGAUGAGAAGAAGCACGACCCCACCAAGCAGUGGUGGUCCGAAGUUUUGCUUCCCAGGGCUUUGCGCUUCCUUUGGAGGCACUUGGAGGAAGAGAGACGUGUACUCAUCCAUUGCACACGUGGGGACAAUCGUUCUCCCGCUGUGGCGGCGGCAGCUCUGGCAGCGUUUUUUGGCGAUGCAGGUCAGGGACCUCGUCGAGUAUCCGGCCAAAGGCUUGAGAAAAGCGACCAGCGGAGGUGUUUAGUGACCGUUCAGUGCUACCAUCCGCACUGCCGCGUACCUCGACGCCUCAUGCAAUUCCUAAACUUGUUCUUCGUCUCUGAGGGUGGUGGAUGGUCUAGCUGGGAACCGGGCGAAGACCCACCCUUGGAUGCACAAGUGUGUCCCAAUCGACCAGUGACGCGGCAUAAGCCGCGGGAGUGCAGGGCAGAGGAGGUGCAGCCAGGGCUUUGGAUCAGCGGACUGGACAUCGCGAAGAGCUUGCCCUUGCUGAGGCAGCUGAAAAUCACACACAUCGUCAACGUGACAAAUGUGUCAAAUUUCUUCGAGGAUGAAUUUUUAUACCAUCAGAUCCCCAUCGAGGACAGUCGAUCAGAAAACCUGCUUGACUUCCUCGAUCCUGGGUUGGCCUUCAUCCAUGGAGCUCUGACGCCCAGCAUCGGUCAGCAUGUUCGUGUCCUUGUGCACUGUCGGGAGGGGGCCUCCAGGUCCGUGGCAGUGGUUGCAGCAUACUUGAUCAGGUUCGAGGGCUUCACCCUGGACUCUGCGCUGCAGCGGCUGCGCGAUCUGCGCGGGACCAGCGGCGUUCCGUGUCGUCCGAACGCAGGGGUCUCGGCGUGUUGUGUGGGGAGCAGAGCAGAGGAGGGUCUGUGGUGUGUUGGAGUUGGACGAAGCACUCGCAGAGUGUAUUUUUGUCCAAAGAUAUGUGCAUGUUCUAUUUCACUAUAUGUUUAGAAAGAUAGAAUGAUCAAUACCUGCAUCCUUAGGAAAUGCGCCCAAGGCCCCCCUGAGUUCUGGGAUUCAUUAUUUGGAUUAAUUUCCCAAUUUCAUAUAAAAAUCUUGAGGGGGUCGACCACCAAGAAGUCAUCAAACAUUUUAAAACAAGGUUGUUGGAUUAAUUAGCU